CCAACGCAUCCACGCGCUACCGGCCAAGCAGCUUCCUUCCUUCUCUCUUCUCUCUCCCUCUCUCUCUCCUGACAGCGACUUGAUCAAGCAUCACCAUGAGUCUCUCGGCUAGAUUCGAGAAGAUGGAGGCCAACCGUGCCAUUGUGAAGCCAGUUUUCAACAACGGGAUUUCCCAGCGGCGGAGUGAAAUGGACUCACGCCGCAAGGUCGGGCGCCAAAUCCAAGUCGAUUCACGUCGUCAGGGAGUAGCGAACGCCAAGCCGGCGAUGCGCGCAGCUCAGUCCAAGGUGGUAUCCCCAAGGCAGCAGACGGCACCCCAGCGCGUGCAGGGAAGGGGGCGGGGAAGAAGCACCCAGGCAGGCGGAGGCAGGAACCAGAGGUCCGGGGGAAUGCCGGUCCGCAACAACAACAACAACAACAAUCAGAGGACAGGAGGGCGCGGAGGAGGAGGAGGAGCAUCCAGCGGUCGGGGUGUCGGGCGGGGUGCCGAACGCACGGGUGGCCGCGGUGGUGGCCGGGGGGGACGCGGAGCGGGGAGGGGUGGCCGCGGGAGCGCCAACAGCAGGGCGGGAAAGAAGGCGGCGAAGGAAACGGAUUUGGACGAAGGCCUCGACGAAUACUGGUUCAAGGCCGGCAAGGGCCCCGACCCCAAGGUUGCCUCUCUGGACAGGGGGCUAGACAGCUACUGGAGUAAGGCUACCGAUAAGACAAACGGCGACGCGGCGGCCGGCGACAAGAUGGAAGAUACCGACGCCCCGGCGCCGGUCGUGGUGGCACCCGUGGCUGGCGUCGACCCGGACCUGUGAUCGAUAAAUUAGUUCAUGGUCCCGAACGUCAACGGCCUACCGCCGCUCUGGGCGUGUCGACCUUUGACGCGCAUGCUUCCAGUGAGAAAGAAGACCAAAGAUCGAACCAACCAAGUUGUUUUUUGGGGGGGGGCAAGUGCAACAUCGGCGUAGCGAUAUUAUGGCUUUGUACACGGUUGCGGAAGUGCGCCUACCGCACUUCGAGUUGGUUUUUGGCGACGCUCGACGUUAUACCUCGGAAUUGCUCGCCUGUGUUGUGUUUGGGGUAUGCUGCAUGUGGGUGAAAGACGAACGAAAACGGAGUUUGUGUUGCGUACGAUUGGAGGCACGAGGGGCGGGGUAGGCUUUCUCUGCCCCUCCGUAUAUUUCCGGGUAUCUGGUUAACAGGCUUUAACUUCGGUGUCUUGCGGUUUCCGAUCGAUCUAAGUAGUACUUGGUAGAAUUAUUGGGGUAGGCAAUUAAGGUGUUUUGGUUUCAGGUGGAGAGCUGGGUGCGGUGCACGGUGCACGGCGUUGCCUCGGAUCGGAGGUUGUCCAAUUCUUCUUUGCCUGAGUUUGAGCUUGACUAGAUGGCACGUGCGUAGCUCGUGUUCGUGUAAGCGUGUAGUUUGUGAUGCCCGUCGUCGGCGACUCGAAUACAAAGCUGCAUUGUGCAUGUAAGAUACGGGACAUGUACGGGACAAACGAGUCCGAACAGAACGGCCCCACCAGGAGGCCUAGCAAACAGUCAGUCGCGUCGCCAGCCAAAGGGAUGCAAAAGACCUGUAGUUGCUGCUACAGGAACGGAAGGAGGCCAUUCAGAGGUUGCGGUAGAUUUGCUCGAGGGGAACGCCUGCUACUUUCUUUUAGAUGUACGAAAUGAAUUAGCGGUGUUGGAACGUUGGAACACAGCCUCGCCUGUCUCGUACGCACAAAAAAUCACAAAAAAAACAACGAACACGCAUGCCUCGGUAUGGGUCUUCCAUUGACUCCUCACUUGCUCGAACCACCUCUCAAAACAUAGCUACCGGAGUAGGUGUACACGCAGCUACAGGAAACGCCCACGCACGUGAACCGCCGACCCCGGGAU